AUGUCCAGAAACGUCCGCGCCCAGCAGGCAAAAAAUACAGUCAAUAAUGUCAUUCCUCAACUUUUGAAGACGAACCCACGAGCACGAGCUGGAAUAGAGAACACAGGCAUGAUCAACUACUCUCCAGUCUCAGAAAAUGAAACAGAACAAAGGAGAGUCUCAUCACCAAUCGCCAACUUACCAAAGAUUUCCGUGGUUCAAGCAGAUACUCUCAAAGCAGCGCAGGCCUUCCUUCAGAACUCACCACCAAACUAUCGUAUCGCAGUACUAAACAUGGCGUCGCCAUUCCAACCUGGAGGAUUCUUCAUUGACGGUGCACUCGCACAAGAAGAAGCACUUUGCUCGCGCUCAACUCUCUAUGCAGCCCUUACGCAAGCUCCAACAGCCUCAACAUUCUAUCCUACACCUCCUCUGUCGACGAUCUACUCCCCAGAUGUCCUCGUUUUCCGAGAUGAAAAUGGACAGGACCUGGCAGAGUCGGAUUUCUUCUACACUAAUGUUAUUUCUGCUGCUGCAAUUUGUCAACCUCAGUUGGUUCAUGGCUUGCAGGGGCUGACGUAUAGCGAAGAGGAUAGAAAAGAGAUGACUUUGAAGGUUGAGGGGAUCCUCGAGGUUGCGAGGAAGAAGGGCAUUACGCAUCUGGUGCUUGGGGCUUGGGGCUGUGGUAUGUAUGGGAAUCCACCGGAAGAGGUAGCGGGCAUUUUCAAGGCAGUAUUACUUGAGAGUAAGGGGGCUUCUACCAAGGAAGAAUGUCAACUCGCGGAAGUCGUGUUUGCAAUUUUUGACAAGGGAGAGAAUCUUAGGAUUUUCGAGACGGCCUUUAGGGGGGCUUAG